CCUCGGCUCCCCUCCCCAAGGCCAACGGCGUCGCGCUCCCGAGCCAGGCCCGCGUUCCGAGCGGUCGGGCGUAGCGCGGUUGCUGAGGGGACGACGCGGGGCGACGGCAGCCUCCCUUGUCACCCCGCGUCAAGAUGGCGGCGGCGGUGGCGACUCCUGCUGCUGCUGCUGCCGCCGCUUCCCCAGCGCUUCAGGAGUUCUCCGUGGCCGAGGAGCGGAGCGGGCACUGCGCUGUGGUGGACGGCGGCUGCCUCUACGUGUGGGGGGGAUACGUGUCAAUUGAAGAAAAUGAAGUUUACUUACCUAAUGAUGAGCUGUGGAUCUAUGAAAUGGACACUGGAUUAUGGUCGAUGCAUCUGAUGGAAGGUGAUUUGCCUCCAUCCAUGUCUGGAAGUUGCGGAGCGUCUGUUAAUGGAAAGCUGUACAUCUUUGGAGGAUAUGAUGACAAAGGAUACAGCAAUCGGCUCUAUUAUGUUAAUUUGCGAACAAGAAAUGGAACCUAUUUGUGGAAAAAAAUCACAGACUUUAAAGGUCAGCCUCCUACACCACGUGACAAACUUGCCUGCUGGGUGUAUAAAGACAGGCUCAUCUAUUUUGGUGGCUAUGGCUGUAGAAAACAGAGUGAACUGUGUGACUGUUUUGAUGUUCAUGAUGCAUAUUGGGGAGAACGGAUAUUCUGGGGAUGGCACAAUGACGUUCAUGUUUUUGAUACGACUAUGCAAACUUGGUAUCAGCCAAAAAUUAAAAAUGGAGUUCCACCUCAGCCUCGAGCAGCACAUUCAUGCACAGUCCUAGGAAAUAAAGGUUACGUGUUUGGAGGCCGUGUUUUGCAAAAAAGAAUGAAUGAUUUACAUUCUUUGAAUUUGGAUACCUGGGUUUGGUCAGGAAAAAUUUGUACAAAUGGAGAAAAACCAGGAGACAGAUCAUGGCAUACUUUGACAACUGUAACAGAUAGUAAACUUUUCCUGUUUGGUGGGCUGAGUUCAGACAAUGUACCCUUAAGUGAUGGUUGGAUUUAUAAUGUCGCAACAAACAAAUGGCAACAACUCACAUACUUACCAAAGAGCAUACCGAGAUUGUGGCAUACAGCUUGUCUUGGUAAAGAAGGUGAAGUGAUGGUCUUUGGAGGAAGUAAAGAUGACUUGCAUUUCAUGGACACGGGACACUGCAGCGAUUUAUUGAUUUUUCAGACACAACCAUACUCACUUCUCAGACUGAGCCUUGACUGCAUUGGUAAAAAUGCUGCCCUCUUGGAGAACCAACUAUCCUGGUUACCAUCUAGACUUUUGGAGGAAGCUAUGGAUAAAAUAACUUUUUGGGCUGCAGUUAGCCAUCGUCAAGAAAGAAAAGCUGAAGAAGCAGCACAGGAACAGAUUAAUGUCUCUUAGCAACCAUUCUUCAUGAAUAUACAGCGCACAGUACAGACCCUUCUUGGAGAUAAUUUAGAAAUGUUAUUGUUGACUGGGCUGAAUUUCUAAGUUUGGGUCAGAUCGGGUGAAAGGCACUUUGAUUUGCUGGUGCGUAAGGAAUGGGAGCAGAGUCUAGUGAGGGGCUCUGGAGGUUAAUAACAACUUUCUUGGGUUUACUGUGCCAGUUCAUAAAGCUAGUUGAGCCAUUUAUUAUUAUGAAAGCUAAAUAUGUUAAUGAGGCUUCAGACAGUCAAAGCUUUAUUUGGUCAUAUUCCCUCGUAUUGCUACACUUUAGCCAUUGUCUGAAGAGGGGAAUUUCUUUAAUACAUCUGAAGCCUCAAAACUCUUUUUCUUUCGACAGCACUAUAAAAAACUUGGUUGAAAGUUGCAUGGGCCGGGUAUUGACACUAUUUUAUAGAAACACUUUAAAGUUGCACUUUUGUGUUAAAUGUUUUUACUGGGCAAAGUUUUACUGUUGCAGUAAACAUUGAUGGACUGUAAAUAAUCACAAAUU